AUGGAUAAGCUAAAGCCGAACGACCCUAGAUACGAGAGGAAAUCUGUAGAGAUCAACGGACACCGAUGGGGCUACCUCGAUGCUGUUCCUGAGGGGAAGACGAAAGGUGUCGUGGUUCUAGUGCAUGGGUUUCCUGAUCUUUCAUUGGCGUGGCGUUAUCAAAUACCACUGCUUCUCAAGUUGGACUUCCGCUGCAUCGCCUUGGAAUCUAUGGGAUAUGGAGAAACAGGAACUUCAUCAACGCUGCGUGACUUCUCCUUCAAGAGCCACGCCGACGCCGUUGCUGGACUUGCAAAAAGCCUCGGCGUCGAGCGCAUCAUCUUGGGUGGCCACGAUUGGGGUGGAGCGGUCGUCUACCGUAUCGCACAAUGGUAUCCCGACCUCGUGUCACACGUCUUCAGCGUAUGCACGGCCUACAUGCCACCAAACGACACGUGGGUUCCUCUUGAACAAUUCGUGCAGAAAAUGCCCAAUUUUGGUUACCAGCUACAAUUCGGCAGUGAUGAUCGAAAAGUUGAGAAUGUUGUCAAGGACGCUGAGACGAUGCGAAAGUUCCUGAAUGGCCUAUACGGUGGAAAGAACAGCAGCGGACGGGUGGUCAUGACACCUGAAAACGGCGUCAACUUGGACGUUAUCAGGGACGACGAAGUUGAGUUAUCGCCGCUUUUGGAUCAAGAGGAACUCGAUUACUACGUCAAAGAAUUCCUCAAGAAUGGCAUCAAUGGACCAUUGAACUGGUAUCGCACACGGAAGGUCAAUUACGAGGACGACCUGAACAUGCCCGCGGCAGUGAAGGAGACCAUCAAACAACCAACACUCUACAUACUCGCCAACAAGGAUGCAAUUCUGAAGCGUGAGCUGAGCAUAGGCAUGGAGAAGGUGAUUCCGAACCUCACUCGUGGUGAAGUACCCGCUGGACAUUGGGCUUUGUGGCAGACUGCCAAAGAAACCAAUGCCAUCAUCGAGGACUGGUUUAACGGCGUUGUUCUCGGUGGAAAGACCAAGAUCUGA